AUGUCUGGCAAACACCAAAUGUCCAAAUCAGAUGCCUCCCGGAUUCAAUCUAGUCAGGCGAAAGGUGGUAAGGAUACUUCUUCCCACAGCUUUGCUGCACGUGCGCAGUCCACCGCGGAUCGUAGCGCGGCCACUCAAAAUACGUCGAAGUCGUCCGGCGGCGGUACUUCCAGUUCCCAGUCUCAGGGUACGAAGAAAUGA